UGAAAUCAUAAAAUGACAGUUGUUUAUAAACCCAAAAUAUUUUAAUUUUUUUGUCAAAUUUACUACCUUUCUCAUGUCCAAUACCUACAGUUAAGAGUACCCAACGAAAUGGAAUAUAUCGCCGAAACCAUCGCAUUAGGAAUAGACUCCUUGAUCCUAGCGACAUGUAUCAAGCAAUAUUACAAGAACAAAAACGCUAUGGCAAUGAUACAAGGAGCCCCCUAUCUCGAAAUCAACAAAGACCUACACGAAAUCGUCGCCACACAUCCGGAAAACAAGCUGUCUUACGUGUCAAUCAGGGGGUCCGUAAAGCCCCUAGGGAAUCCCAUAUUAAGCAAUAGCAAUCCCACUGUAAGCGGUGUUAUUCAGCUACUACGAAUCAAAGAGCACGUUAUCAAGCGAAGCACAGCAGGGUUUUGGACCGAUUCCGAACGUAUCAUACAAGAAGUGCACAAUGUCAUGCCCUUUGCAUUGGAAGAUAAAGGAAUUCAAAUUGAAAUCUGCGAUCCGUUAGCAGCGGACGUGUUAGAUAUGGACGUGAUAUCCGAUAAUUUUAGGCCUACGGUGCCCAGUGUGAUCGAUCACAUUUGGAGUUUCUUCGCAGGAGUCCGGCAGAGAGGUGUACAAUCCACAGAGAAAAUGCUUAGAAUAGGAACUACUAUAACAGGUAUUGGAGAAUUGGUAUCGGGAAAGGAUGGUCAUUUGAAGCUGCAGCCUCCUGCAAACGGUGGACCUUUCUAUCUUACGAACAUGAGAGUAACCUCGUUGAUAAAAAAAUUAGAUGGUUCUAAAAAGAAUUAUAGGAUACUGUGUAUAAUCUUCGGAUCGAUUGCUCUUGUUUUAAGUGGUCUUAUUGUUAGGAAGUAUAUAAAGUUGAAAAAAGAAAAGGAGGCAGCCGAGAAGCAAAGAGCCCAAUUAGAAUUGUCUAGGAGGGAAAGGAGGCGACAAAUCAGAGACGAAGAUUUAGAUGAAAAUCAAUUAUGUGUUGUGUGUAAAACGAAUCCUAAAGAGAUGAUAUUAAUUCCAUGUGGUCAUGUUUGCUUGUGCGAAGACUGUUCAGCGGAUAUUACCGAAAAUUGCCCGAUUUGUAGAACAGAAAUAAAUUACAAACAUGUAGCUUAUGGGAUAUAAAAGUCGUUACCCGAGCAUAAGCAUUUAUUGUCCUCGCCAUUGCACGAUGCUCCUUUGAGUUUCUCGUUUUCUUCUAGUAUCCUUUUGACUUUGCUAGAUUUUCCAAUUCCCAGCCGGGGCAAGCCCUUAUUUAACCCUUCUAAUAGGACGCAAGCUUUGCAAAUCUCCUGAGAUGAAACGUAUCCGCAUCGGGUACAUUUCGUUAACGUUGGCAUUUUCGAAUGUUCACUAACUUUCAUCGUUUCUCCUGAAAUAAGAGAUCGGGGA